AUGCGCUGGAGCACUAGUACCACUGUAGACUCGUACGUAGCCCAGACGACAUCUAUUAUAGUAGUUAGAGACGGAGGGAAGCUAGUCUUCUCUCCUUCUUCUCUAAAUGCUUCUAUUAGCACGAUCGUCGUAUUUAACUUCCUCGCACUUAAAUAUACGUUAACGCAAAGUUAA